AUGGAUGACGAUGACGCCGACUACAUGCAGGGUAGCGAGGAUGAGGACUACGGUUUCGACUAUUCUGACGGAGACGAUGGAGACGAGGGCGGCAGCGCAGACGUCGAGAACAUGUAUUACACUGCCAAAUCGCACAAGGAGGAUGAUCCAGAGAAGGCACUAAAGGAGUUUCAAGCUAUCAUUGACAAGGAGCAAGAGAAGGGCGACUGGGGCUUCAAAGCACUGAAGCAAUCCACCAAGCUGUUGUUCCUCGUUCUACGCAGACCAGCCGAAGCUCUCAAAACGUACACGACGCUUCUGACAUACACGAAGUCGGCCGUUACGCGUAACUACGCCGAGAAGACCAUCAACGGGAUCCUCGAUUACGUUGGUGGCGGCAAAGGUGGUCCUGUAGAGGUAGACGUUCUCGAGAAGUUUUAUCAAGCCACGAAAGAUGCGUUGGAAGAGGCCAAGAAUGAGCGUCUAUCGGUCAAGACGAAUCUCAAGCUGGCUAAACUCUGGCUCGAUCGCAAAGAGUAUGAUCGCCUGUCGAAGCUUAUCAGGGAAUUGCAUGCGUCAACCGGCACGGUCACCGACAGUGAGGAGCAAUCACAGAAGGGCACGCAGCUUCUCGAGAUCUACGCGCUCGAGAUCCAGAUGUACAAUGAGACGCGGAAUCUGGCUAAGCUCAAGGAGAUCUACAAUGCGUCCAACAACGUACGGUCCGCCAUUCCGCACCCGCGCAUCAUGGGCAUUAUCAAGGAGUGCGGCGGUAAGAUGUGGAUGGGCGAACGCCAAUGGAAUCGCGCCAACGAGGACUUCUUCGAGAGUUUCCGGAACUACGAUGAGGCGGGCAGUCAGCAGCGCAUUCAAGUCCUGAAGUACCUUGUGCUUGCGAACAUGCUCAUGGGCAGCGAAGUCAACCCCUUUGACAGUCAAGAGACCAAGCCGUACAAGAACGACUCGCAGAUCAAGGCGAUGACUGACCUAGUCGACGCUUAUCAACGACGCGAAGUCCACGCAGCGGAGAAGAUUUUACGGGACAACCGAAGCACGAUCAUGGACGACCCCUUCAUCGCGUCGUACAUCGGCGAACUUCUGCGAUCUCUGCGCACGCAAUAUCUCAUAGACCUCAUCAAGCCGUACUCACGUCUCGAACUCGGCUUCCUUGCGAAGCAGCUCAACGUGGGCACCGACGAGGUCGAGGAGCUACUGAUUGAGCUGAUACUCGAUGGAAAAGUUGAAGGUCGCAUCGAUCAAGUGGCUAUGCGUCUUGAGCUUGACCAGAAGCAAUCGCUCGAGCGUAAGCGCUACAAUGCACUUGAUUCGUGGACUGGUUCUCUCGAGAGUGUGCAUGCGGCCGUCGUAGGCAAGAACAGUGGGAACCUUGGCGGGCGCGGGGCUAUGGACAUUGGCCCGGGAGCAUAUUUGCCUGAUUUCUGA